UGUCACUUGUUUCUUGUUCCCAGGCGCGGCGGGCCUGGAUCGUGGCGGUGGCAUGAGGCCUCAGGGGGACAGGUCGGUGCGGGGCAGCCCCGCGGUGGCCGUGGCGUUCCCGGGAGCUGUGUGCCGGGGCAGCGGUUACCGCUUCGCCUGCGAGCUCCUGAAGCACGUCCUGCACCAGCGGAACCAGCUCCCGCUGCCCUACGAGCAGCUCUCCUAUUUCUGCCGGCGGGCGGCCCAGAGCGGAGAUGAAAUUGAGAAGCCCCUCUCCCUGGGCAUGCCAAGCAGAAAGUGCCAGCAGCUGCUGAUGGAGCUGGAGGGAUUGUUCCAGCACCUGGAAGUCAUGUUUAGUCUGACGCUGGUUCCUCGGGUUCUUUUCCUACUUGGAGGCAAUGUCAUGAACCCCAAGGAGCUCUAUGAGCUGAACUUGGAAGGGUUCUGCGAGGGCACUGCUGAAGAGAGCCUCCAGACUGCGCCCUGCGUUCGCCAGCUCUUUCACCGCCUGUUUGUUGCUGAUGUCUUCAGUGAACUUAAAGCUCUCCCUGUCACAGACACUCUUGUCCUGGUCCAGGGACACCGUGACUGUGGUGUUGAGUGGUUCCGGCCCAAGCUCAACUACCGCGUGCCGACCCGGGGGAGGAAGCUGACUGUUAAGUUGUCCUGUGAUGGACACCUCCACGUUAGUGCCUCACCUCCACAGCACACAGCACCUGCUUGGGAGGACUACGUCUGGUUCCAAGCACCCGUGACCCUCAAAGGCUUUAGUGAAUGAAUGGUUUCCAUAGAAGUUUAUUUGGAAUAUUGAUUACUUUUUAUUUUUCCUUUAGGUGUUAAUUUUAGCAAAUGUAACCAUGUAUUUUUAAAUCAUGUUUGUCUGAAUUUUUUUUUUUCUUCAUGGUGUCUACUGCCUUCCUGUAGCUUGCUGUGCUCAGCUAUUGUCCUUAUUUCCUGAGCUGUUGUUGAAGGCAAAUCUGCUUUUAUGGCACAGUUACACACAGGUCCAGUAAUUCUCUGGGGACCUGAUCUGUGACGCAGGAUGAAUUAAUGUGUUGGGGUUAAAACUCCUGCUGUGUGCUUGCUGAACUGGUAAAUGCUGGGUACAUACAAUCUCCUCC